AUGAAUCUUUCACAACAUAAUAUUGAUGUAAUAUUACCAGUAGUGAUUUCUGGUAGUUCUUAUUUAUUAACAUGCGUAGCAAUGGAUUUAUUAAAGUUGGUAAAGAAAGAGUGGAUCAUUCAACCCAAACAUAUAAUGGUGGGACAAGAACGUUAUGAUUGUAUUGUGUAUUCUCUUACCAAUCUGGCAAUUGGUAUGCUUGGACUUUUGCUAUUUAGAUUUUACUAUUUGGAUGCGAUUACACUACAAGAGUGUGGAUCGAAUUGCCUGUUUACAGAGACACUCAAGUUGAUCUAUCUUCUCUUCCUGGCGGACACUGCAUUCUACUGGUCACAUAGAUUCCUUCAUAUUCCAUCGGUCUAUCGUAUCGGACACAAACUACACCAUACACAUACAUCGCCAAUCUCGUGGACCGCACUCUACGUACAUCCAGUCGAGUUUGUCUUGGCGUUCGGUGGAAUAUUUGUGUUGCCAACCAUAUUCGUGAGAACACACAUCGUCACAUAUACUUUGUUCCUAGUGUUAAACAUGGUGUCGUUGGUAGUCUCACAUUCCGGUCUCCACAUUCCCUAUCUAAUAAAUGCCAGACAUCACGAUUCUCACCACAGAAAUUUCACUGUUGACUUUGGCAGCAAGUUUACAAUUUGGGAUCAUGUAAUGGGUACUAUUUCAAAGAAAUCGAAAUCGAAAUCGAAAUCAAUGAAAGAUUUAAAAAUUUAA